AUGUCGCGGCCGUCGCGGGCGUCGAGCGCGCGCAGGCCACCGAGGAGGAGGAGGCCGUCGCCGUCCAAGCCCGCUCGCACCGGUGUGGGUGUGGGUGCUAGGCGGAAGGUGGAGGUGGCGGUGACCCUCAGUGUUGGUCGCGGCAUGGGCACGGCGGCAACACCCAACCUCACCAGUCUCGGCAACAACGCGGUGCCUGCAGCUUCCUCCUCCUCCAUGCCUGGAUUUUGCUUGGGCGAUUCAUCCCCAAUCGAAGGCAUGCGAUGCUAG